AUGAAGUUCUCCCUCCUCACCAUCGCCGCUGCUGCCGGCGCCCUCGCUGCCCCAGCCGAGAUUGAUGCUCGUGCUGGAGGUGUCCAGGGUUUUGACAUCUCCUCCUACCAGCCAAGCGUCAACUUCGCUGCUGCUUACUCUGGCGGUGCCCGAUUCGUCAUGAUCAAGGCCACCGAGGGCACCACCUACAAGUCCUCCACCUUCAACUCUCAAUACACCGGUGCUACCAACAACAAGUUCAUCCGUGGUGGUUACCACUUUGCCCACCCAGAUGGCUCUGCCUCUGCCCAGUGUGACUACUUCCUCGCCAACGGUGGUGGCUGGACCAGCGACGGAAUCACUCUCCCUGGUAUGAUUGACUUGGAGGGAACCUCUGGCAAACCCAAGUGCUAUGGUCUCAGCGCCAGCGCCAUGAUUGCCUGGAUCAAGGCCUUCUCCGACCGCUACAACGCCAAAACCGGCCGUUACCCCAUGAUUUACACCUCUCCCGACUGGUGGAUUACCUGCACUGGCAACACCAAGACCUUCGGCACCACCAUCCCUCUCGUCCUUGCCCGCUGGGGUUCCAGCCCUGGAACCGCUCCAGGUGGCUGGCCAUACCAGACUUUCUGGCAAAACGCCGACACCUACAAGUAUGGCGGUGACUCUGAGAUCUUCAACGGCGGCAUGGACCAGCUCCAGCGUUUCGCCAAGGGAGGUUAA